CUCGCUCCCACCAUCUUUCGUCCACUCGCCAACUCCAUCAGCCCGGGCAAGAGUUCACAUCCCACCGUCAUCAGGACGGCCCAACUCGUCCUAUCCUCUAAUUUCAGAUCCGCUCCAAGCCUUGUCACCAUCCACCAUCCGCGCCAUGCCCUCGCGCGCCUCCGCCUCCGACAUGGCCCAGCAGGGCUUCACCGUGCUGUCGGCCAAGGCGGCCAACGGCGAGGUGGUGCACAUCAACGAUCACGUCUACGUCUCGAUGCCAUGGUCGGACCGCGACGGCUCGCCGUACAUCAUCGCGCGCAUCCUCGAGUUCGUGAGCGCGGGUAACGCGCACAAGAAGGGCACGAAUUCGCGCCACGUCGCCAAGAACGAGCUGCAUGUCCGCCUGUCGCUCUACUACCGUCCGAGCGAUAUCUCGGGGCGGCCCGUCAGCGACUUCCGGCAGCUGCUGGCUGCGAUCCACACGCUCGUCGAGCCCGUCUCCGUCAUCCGCGGCAAGUGCUAUGUGCGGCACAAAGACAAGAUCGAGAACCUCAUCGCGUACAAGCAGACACCGGACCACUUCUACUUUUCCAAGUUUUACGACCCCUACAUCAAGCGCGAGUACGAGGUGCUGCGCACCGCGAGCGUCAACAACAUCCCGCCGGACGUCAAAGCCGUCCUCCUCCGCCGGUACGAGUACCUGCUCACGGAGAAGGAGAUGGUCGCGGACCUGCUGGACGACUACCACAGCUGCGCGGUGUGCGCGCGCUGGGCCGCCGCGCAGGACACGGUGCGCUGCGAGCUGUGCCGCGGCUUCUUCCACAUGGCGUGCCUCACGCCGCCGCUCAGCGCCAAGCCCGCAAAGGGAUACUCGUGGGCGUGUCUCGGCUGCACGAUCCAGCGGCGCCGCGACGUCGAGAGCGAAAAGUACCGCUUCGUCAGCAAUGGCGGGAGCGCGCCGCCGCGCGUCAAGGCCGGCAAGAAGGAGCGCGCCGCCAUCAGCGACACGCCCGACGUCCAGUUCCGCGGCUGGCCGUGGCGCUACUUUGGGCUGCAUACGCGCGCCGAGGACACGUUGAGUGAGGAAGACCUCAUUUUCCCACGCGCCGUCACCAGAGUCGGGCCAAAGUACACCGCCAACGUCCUUACGUGGGAAGAGCAGCAGGCGGCCGAAGCUGCCAAGCAAGACGCGCUGCGGGCGCAUGGCCCGCCGGCCGACCUGCCCGAGCGGGGCUUUGACCCCGACGAAAACGGGUACGCGACGACGCUCACCGUGCUCUCGAAGCCUGACCCGGGGCUCGGGCCAUUUAUGGAUGCCGUCGCCCGCCUCGCCCUCCCCGUCCCGCCGUACGACAUCAGCCGCCUCGACAAAGGCGUGCACGCGUACAUGACACUCGGCGCGACCGCGGGCAUGAAGCGAAUCAAGGCGCUCAAGCCCGCCGACUUUGACAGCUUGAGCUGGAGCGCGGCGGAAGACGCGACGCUCGAAGCCGAGCUGACCAAAUACGGCGGGCUGGACGCGCACGCCAUCUCGAAAGCGGUGGGCAAGCGGCCGGCCGAGGUCGUGCGCUACACCUUCAAGUGGCGCAACCUGCGGCUCAAGACGGAAAACGACCUUAUCCGGCAACACCGCAAAGUGCACGGCGCGCACCGGCACAACGGCAAGACGCUCGGUCCGCCUGCGCUCGGCAAGAUGCGCAGCCGGGCGGACAGCGAAGCGAGCGACGAAGGCUCGCUGUACGGCGCGGCGCACGCUGCCGCGCAGCGCCUGUCGUGCGCGGCGUGCGGCACGCGCGCCAGCGCCGUGUGGUGGAAGUGUCCGCGCAGCGUGCAGGGCGCCGCGAUGUGCGAGCCCUGCGGCAGCAACUACCGCAAGUACGGGGUGAUCAGCUUUGUGAAGAGCGACGAUGCCAAGCAGAAGAAGGACGUGCGGCGGCGCAAAGACACGAGCGGCGCGUCCACGCCCGUGCCGGUGCCGCGGGCGGCGUGCGCCCUCUGCCGCCGCGCCGACAAGGGCUUGGCGCGCUGCAAGACAUGCACGUUUAGCGUGCACGCCGCGUGCUACGGCAUUGUCGGCGGCACGGCGGAGUGGGAGUGCGAGCUGUGCGCGAACGCGCGCGCAGAAGAAGUCAACCUCGACCCGCGCUGCGUCCUCUGCCCCGCGGACAUGAGCGUGCCGCUUGCGCUCGCGCGCAAGAAGAAGCCCGCGGACUUUGACGCGCUCGCGGCGAUGAAGCGCACCGAAGGAUGCCGGUGGGCGCAUGUCCUCUGCGCGGCCGUGCACGACGUCGCGUACGCGCACCCUGCCGCGCUCGGCCCCGUCGAGGGCAUCGGGAGCUUGCCGGCGCACACGUGGCGCGGCGCGUGCGACGUGUGCGCGCGCGCCGACGGCGCCAAGGUCGACUGCGCCGACUGCGGCGCACGGUACCACGUCGCGUGUGCGUGGGCGGCCGGACACCGCGUCGGGCUCCACAUGGCCGCGCGGCGCGGGCACAGCGUCCGCUUCCGCGACGAGGGCGGCGUGAUGGCCCCCGCCGUGUGGUGCCGCUCCCACGGGCUCGAGGGGCGCGUCGUGUUCGAGCUCUUUGACGAGGCCGACGGCCAGACCGCGCUCGGCGUGUAUGCGCAGGCGUACAAGGGCGUGCAGGGCGGGUUUGCGCUGCUCCGCAAGGCGCAGCGCCUCGACCGCAUCCACGCGGAGGAUAGGGAGGGGUGGGAGGAAGAGAGAGAGGUCGUCGAGAGGGCGUGUACGGCCUGUGGCGUGGACGUCAGUCCGCGCUGGCAUCAGGGUCUUUGUCACCAGUGUUGGUUUGCGGCGGGCAAGCCUGCCCCGCCUAGCGUGCCGGCCAAGCGCAAGGCUGAGGCGAUGGACGACGUCGAGACAAAGCCCGUCGUCAAUGGCCGCGCAGUACUUGUCUAGUUUCUCCAACCCAACAGCGCACCUCUUCACACCUGUUGUAUGCAUUGUAUCGUAGACAUGUCAUGGCGUAUAUAUACUACAAAAACCCGCCUUUUAUUCUAUCGCCCCUCGUCUGCACGUC